AUGAAAAGAGUUUUUCGGGAAGCAAAGCGCUGGAACAGCAUAACGCAGAUUAGGGGUUAUGUGGAACAACAUAAUGAAGUACCUGACAAGGAGCUGUUGCAAAAAGCAACUAUACAGCCAUCUUUAUUGAAACCUUAUUUGAGCAAAAUCCUGCAGCAACCAGAUCCAUUCAAUCUUGCCCACCUGGUGACUAUAGAAGACUUGUAUAGAGCUCGGGUGCAUUAUGGUCACAAGAUUGGUACUCUCAAUGAUAGAAUGAAGUGGGCUUUAUUUGGUGAGCGACUUGGGGUUUGUAUAUUUGACUUGUCGAUAACAAAAAAGUAUUUGUUGAGAGCUCUAAAUUUUCUUGCGCAUGUUGCCUAUCAAGGCGGGAUAAUUCUUUUUGUUACAUCUGACAGGGAUAAUAUGUUUCAAAUUGAAAAAAUGGCUGAAUCUGUUGGCGAGUAUGCACAUGUACGGAAGUGGAUUGAUGGGACUCUCACAAAUAUGAAAUAUUAUGUGAAAUACCCAGUUCGUAUGCCAGAUACUGUGGUAAUGUUGUCCACACUAACUUCGGUGCUUGAGACCCAUCCUGCUGUAGUUGAAGCAGCGCAAAUGGCAAUUCCUACGAUUGGUGUGGUAGAUUCAAAUUCUGAUCCUUCUUACGUUACCUACGUAGUUCCAGGCAACGAUGAUUCAACUUCAAGUGUUUUGUACUUCAUGAAUCUUUUCGUAAAAGCCAUAAAGUGUGGGAAGGAAGCUCGCGAGAAUACAUUGAAAAAGGCUGGAAGUUUGAAAAAUCCUGCUACAGCUACUCAUAAAUGA